GUUCUAUAAAAGCUGAAGCAUUCGUGUUCGGCGCCUGUUCGCGGCAUUUGCGAUUGGGAUUUAUUCAAAAGCUUAGACGCGCAGCAAAUUAGGGUUUCGAUCUGUGAAAGCUCAAAAUUCAUCACCGAGAUCGAUCAUGAUUUACGACGUUAACUCCCCUCUCUUCCGCUCCUUCCUCAGCCAGAGAGGAGGCCCUUCCGACAGGAAAAUGGAGCAGAAGCCGAAAGAACAGAGACCGAAAGCCAGUGAGAAUAAGCCUGUUAUGUCAGAAUGAGAAUGAGUUGGUUAAAUCCUUACCGAUUCUCUUCCGUUUUAGUAAAGUUUUAAAAAUUAAACACAAAAAUGGAGUUUGGUUGAAGUUGUAGAAUAGACAGAUUCCAUGGACUUGACCUCAAAUAGUUCCAAUUGCAACUGGAGCACAGGCUUGGCUUCUUAGUUAACAAUUAAAGGGCAGGGUGGAACCUUUAACUUUAAGUAAGGUGGGUGUCAAAGCAAGUGAUGAAAGAGAAGUGAAGACCGAAGAGUUUAGAGGUCGAUUGAUCCGACUCCCAAAAGUUGUGGCGACAAAGCUCGCUCUCCAUCGUCUAUCUAGCGAUGGAGGAAGGAAGUUGUUCUGGCGAGACUAAGAAAGAAAGGGGAGAGAGUUUGAGCCAUACAAUUUUGACACCAGAAAGGCAGAAACUUUUGCCCCAAUUCGAAAGACUCAGUUCAGCCUCCCAUUCCAAGCUUCCAAAGAUUCAGAAGAAGAAGAAAAUGAGUAAAGAAGAAGAAGAAGAAGAAUUAGAAUUCUCCCCAUUAGCUCAGUUUGUGUCUGAAAUCUCCCAAUUCUUCUCCUUACUUCUCUCACACCCUCUCUAUUUCUCUUACUUCCUGUUCUUCUCCCCUUAUCUUUUCAGGCUCCUCUCCUUUGUUUCCCCUCUUUUAGCCACCACAUUCCUCUUGAUCCUCCAGCCCUUUUUCUCCCAUACCCACCAAACCCAUUUAGAUGACCAAACAUUCCCUCUCCCUCAGCACCUUGAGUGGUUCAACACUGUCUUCAACGCACCCACUGACAUCCCCACAAACCCAUUUCCACUUCAAGAACCAGAGAUCAACAAACAAGAAGCAAAAGAAGAGGAUCAUGAGGAUGAAGAGAGUAGAGAAAAUGGGAUUGAAAUGGGUAAGAAGAGCUUUUUGGUGGGGUGUAAAGAGUUUGAAGAUGAUGAGGAUAAAAUGGAUUUGCUUUGGGAAAAGUAUGAGGAGAAGGACGAAAAGAGCUGCAAUUUAAAGAAGGAUUUGAGGAGUUUGGUGAAUCUUCAAAAGGAAAUGGAAGAAGAAGAAGAAGAAGAAGAAGAAGAAGAAGAAGAAACUGGGAAAAUUUGCUGCUUACAAGCUUUGAAACUUUCGACUGGAAAAAUGAGAUUUGGAAUGGGGAAGAAAAGUGGUUUGAAGAAGAUUUCAAAAGCUUUCAAAGGGCUUAAAUUGUUGCAUCAGCUCGCUACCACUCGUAAGAACAAGACAUGAACAUCGUUGUGUAUUUUUGUUGGUUUUUUUUUUUUU